AACGAAAAAGGAAGGAAGAUAAGGCGGUUUUGACUUGUCUCGAUGAGGAUGAGGCUUUGUUUAAGAGGCUCAUUGAAGACGAUAUAUUAAAGAUAAUAAGUUUUAUUAUUUUAGAUAAUAAGUUACGAAAAUGAAAAAGGUUUUUUGUCUCCAAGUGUUACCGUUCAGGAGUUUUCCAGAGAUCAAGGUCGAAAAAGGACCCUGAAGUGUUUCCCAAGAUUUUUUAAUAUACUUCAAGCUGGAGAGUUUGGGUUUGUUUUGUUUUAAGCUAGACACCUAACUACAGCGUCUGACCGGCGCCGAUUUUUCAAUUAAGCCUUUACUGCUUUUCCAUGCAGCCAACAACCUCCAAACCCGAAAACUCCUUCCGGAUUUUCUAAAAAUUCUCAAUUUGAUAAAAACCUAAGACCUAAUUCAAAAAUCGGCGCCGGUCAGACCAUAUAGUUUCUUUUCCUCUUUUAAACAAAAAACGAAUAAACUCUCUAUGACAAACCGCUAUAAAAAAUCUUGGGAAAUACUUCAGGUGAAGGAAAACGCUGUAUUAAACGCUGUAUGAAAUACUCAAUUUUAGAACUUCUAGAGAAAUGCUUGUAACUUUUUGCUACAAGGUCAUACAGAGUUGUGCGAGGUCUUAUUUUGAUCAGAAACGUUUGUUCUACAAAGCUGUGUGUUUAGAAAAAUUUUAAUUGCAUAAGUAUCCAGGAAAAUGCUAUUAUUUGAAGACCUUGUUUUUCGAGGCUCCUAGAAAACUUGCUCAAAAUCUGCGAAAGACCACUUUUGUAACCAAAAGAUACAGAUUCUGAAAGUAGACACUGCAGGCUAUCUUCCCAUGUGCUUAUCUCAAAACCGAUGUUUUGACCGAAAAUCCGUUUUUCUGAGAGGGGGGGGGCCUUAAUCGUAUUGAUAGCGAUUUGUUGUAAUAUGUUGUUGUUUUUAAGGGAAUAAUUGCCUUGCCUGAGAUUGGUCAACGUUUGGCAACAAAAAUAUUAGAAAUUAUUGAAACUGGUCAUCUAUCAAAAUUAGAAGAAUAUCAAACGAAUGAUGAAGUGAAAAAAAUGGACAUGUUUACCAAGAUAUGGGGUGCGGGACCGACACAAGCUAAAAAAUGGAUUGAUCAAGGUUAUCAAACAUUGGAUGAUUUACGAGCAAAAGCUCAUUUGACACAUAAUCAACAAGUAGGACUUAAAUAUUAUGAUGAAUUUUUACAACGGAUACCACGAG